UGACAGCUGCAGGUGAAAGUUCAGUGCUUUGUGUAAAGAGCUGAACUGUAUUUUUCAUCUGCCAUCUCUUUCACGGCGCUCUAGCAGAAGUGUUUCAGAAAUACAGAGAUGAGGACGCAGUCUUUGCUCUUGGUGUGGUUGGUGUGUGUGUUCUGGCAGCACGGCAGCGCCUCCCUCAUGACCGCUGAAUGCCAAGGCGCCGCUGUGCUGAAGGCCGCCGAGGAGACCCUAGAGCAGAUAAACGCAGACAGACAGGAAGGCUAUGUCCUCUCACUCAACAGACUUUAUGAUGUCAAACAGGACAUAAAGGCAGAAGGCGUGAACCAUAUACACCUGACGAUAGAUGUUCUGGAAACAGAAUGUCAUGUGAUCAGCAGGAAAAACUGGAAAUCCUGUGCUGUUAAGGAGAUUGGCAGUCUACCGGUGUUCGGGACGUGUGAUGCAUCGGUUUCCCUUCAGAGCUCCAUCAAAGUUGAGAAUUACAACUGCACCAUUCAACAAGUGGCAGCUCGAGCUAUAGUAAACACUUGCCCCGACUGUCCAACUGCAGAACGCUUAGAUGAUCCAGUAAUAUCUGAGACCACAAGGCUGGCCCUGCAGAAAUUUAACAAGGAGAGCGCUUCCCCACAUUUCUUUGCUCUUCUGAAUAUAACAGCAGCCAGCAUGCAGUGGGUUGUGGGUCCGUCUUAUUUUGUGGCGUUCACCAUUCAAGAGACUGACUGCAAGAAAAGCACUGCUGAUAUUGACCUCACGCAAUGCAAGCUGAAGGACUCGGAGUCAGCUCACAAGGGCUUUUGCACUGGUUCACACAUCAAUGCUGAUGACGGGCUGGAGAUGAAGGUUCCUGUUGAGGUCAAAUGUGAAAUCUUUCAACCAAUGGCUGUUCAACAAGGAGCUUUUGGAUCAGUACAUGUUCUCUCUCCUCCACCCAUCCAACCUGCCCCCAGAGUCCAGCCCAUGGCCAGCAGCUGCCCCGGGGAGAGACGACACAAUCUCGGAUUGACAGAGCUGAAUCUCUGAUUGAAAUCACUUACAGCCCAGCCAUCCAGUCUAAACAAGCACUGGAGAUCUUCACAUUUCCCAAAAGACAAAUGUGCUUUUCAUUUUCAUAUUUACAAUUCUCCAGUAUAUAGUUUUUCGCCUAUGCACAGUAACAUAUCAAUAAAGAUAUGUCCAACUGAAGCACACUACUACUGGUCGAGUUUCAGAAAACCUUUUCAGAAAAAAAGAGGCAUAUUUUCCCUUAAAAAUGAAAAAUGAAGCCUGGUAUUUUUU